GAGCCCCCGUGACUGUUUCUCAUUUGCUCCAGGUUGGACCCGCAUCCUCCGGGUCGAGCAGCAGCAGCAGCCCGAUCCCCAUCUCUGCACCGGAGAAAGCGUCCAACAGUGCGGGGAGGAGACGUCAGUGAUUCUGCGGCUCUGAAGGCUCACAUCCCGGGGAACAUGUCUGCAGACGUGGCGGUGUCUCUGUUGACGCUCGCGGGAAUCGUAGCGCUGAGCGAAGCGAGCCGCCGGUUCCUGAGAAGGGCCCUCGCAGACACCGGACUCUCUGUGUACGCGGUGGAGCUCGUGUCCACUUUCCAACUGUGCUGCUGCACGCAUGAGCUGAAGCUGCUGUCUGAGGUGGGUGGGAUCCAGCCUCGCCUCGCGCUCACCCUCACCUACCUGGCGGCCGUGGUGCACGGGCUCACCUUCGGUGGGGCCAUCGGCAACCCUUCCGGUGCUCUGGAGAACGCCUACCACUGCAGGCUCUCUGGUGGGUGCGCUCUGAGGCGGAUCGCGUGCCAAUUUGCCGCAGCCGCAGGCGCGCGAGCCACGGUGCCGGUGUUCUGGGGUAUGGGGUUAUCAGGAUUGCACGUGCGGCACAAGUUGCUCGGAUACCCGUGCAUUAGCCCCAUCCGCGCGCCGCUGCCCGAGGCCGCUGCGGUGGAGUUGGCAUGCGCGUUCGCGGUUCAGACUGCUAUAACGCACACACGCUCGGUGGAGGAAAAAUACCGCGUGCACGCGGUGGCUACGGUCAUCACAACAGUAGUCUAUGCAGGUGGCAAGAUGACAGGCGCAGUGUUUAACCCGGCGCUGGCCUUCUCCACACAGUUCCCCUGCAGUGGGAACUCCUUCCAGGAGUAUUGUCUGGUGUACUGGCUGAGCCCGCUGCUCGGUGUGAUGGGCUCCGUGCUGCUGUUUGAUAAACUCGUUCCUCUGCUGUCACGGAAAUCUCUCUCUGAAGACCUCCACCUGGACUCCAAGAAGAGGACCUGAGUGUCAGCAGCUCACCUACUCCUGACAGACUGUGGAUUCAGAGCUAGAAGAAAAGCACGGAUAUUCACCUUUUAUAGACUUCAGAAGCUCAGAGCACAUCUUCGUAACAGAAAAAUAAUUUCUAACGAGUGUUUUUGGAAGAUCUCCCAAACAAUGCAUGCAGAAAUAUUUACUUCUUUUCUUUCUUUAAUAUGAACUUGAUUCAAACACUAAAACUUUUAAAUGCAUCUAUUUACUUAGUUUCAAAACCUUUAGACACUUACAUUUUUGGAACACCACCCUAGCAAUAUCACCUCAAACUGUACAAUACUGCAAACCUCAAACACGCUUGUCUGUAAUUUGAUAAUAUGUAAUAUCUGUAACUACAAUUGCAACUUGUAAAUUACAAAAGAAGCUUUACUUUGUAGUUUUAUGACUUUAAGGCAAAUAAAACAGCAAGU